AUGGCACCCUUGUUCAAUCAUUUCUACCCAAAGGGGGUCACUGGCCUUUGCCACUCUCAAGUGGGAUGCUGGAGGUACAAUCUCAGGAGCCUUGCAUUUCUACAGGAGCAGAUGGACAAGCUAAACUCGUUUCAGGGCAUCUCAGAAAUGCUGGACAGUGCGAAGGUGGCAGAAGAGGGCUCGGCAAGGAGAGCAUGCUAUAAAAGACUUUCCCAUGCAAUGAGCCUCUGGGAGAUGCUCAUCUGCCAUCACAAUAAAGGUUUGCAGCCUGACAACUUCUACACUGCCGAAGAGGUGCAAGUUGUUGUGCAGGAGAUCUGCAGCUCCCUCCUUGCCUUUGCAGAAGAGUGUGGUUUUGAUGGGGUGAGGAUUGAGAACUGCAUGCCACCAAAGGAUGUCGAUGAUGACAGGAGGGCUUUGGAGGAGCGCCUUGGCUACAUUCUUGGUUUGAAGAAAUACUCUUUAGAUGGGUUUCCUGAAGACAUUGUUGAAGAAUCCAAGCAGGCAAAGGCAGUUCAUGAAAAACAGCUGUCGCGUAUGUUCUUUGCUGAUGAAGAAAUUGUUGUGGGCCAGUGGAUUUCUGGCACAGUGUAUUCGUGCAAGCGGAGGGGGAGGGAAUAUGUGGUGAAGAAUGUGGUGAGGUGCGACGGCAACCACCAAGACUUGGUGGGUCUUGCCAGGUUGUACACAGCAACCAAGGCGUCGAUUAACUCUCCUGCAGUUGUCCGUCUCUAUGGCUUCACUGGUUCAGGGAAGCUGGUCAUGGAGAAGGGGGUAGCAGACAUAUUGACGUGGUUCAAGCACCACAGAUCUGGGGGCAUGAAGCUGAAGCUACAGCUGCUCCAGAAUGCUGCAUCGGCUCUGGCAGAUGUCCACCAUGAGGGCAUCGUGCAUCGUGACGUUAGACUUGGGAAGUUCAUUGUGUUCAAGGGAAACCCGUUAGAGGUAAAAAUCAGGCUUCUUCAAUUUUCAACAAACAGCAGUGCUGAUGCAAACAAUGUGGUGUCUGAAGCUGGGGCAGUUAAGUGUGGUGCUCCUGAGGUGUUGCAUGGGGCUCCGAACAGUUUUCUGAGUGACAUUUACAGUUUUGGCAUUGUUGCAAACAUGCUGGUUGCAGAAAUGCAGCUAUAUAGAACAGGCACUCCCCAUUCAGUGUUGUCACAGAGAAAGACAGUUGGGCAACCUCCCUGGGAGCUGCCCAGUGACUGUCCAACAGGGCUAGCAGAAUUCAUAGCAGAGUGCUGCUCUGUUGUUCCAGCUGCCAGACCCCCAUCGAUGGAGGAUGUGUAUGAACGCUUGACAACAUUGGCACAAUGCUAUGAGGCAUCGAGGGACACGGCUGUACAGAAUCCAGCAAUUCUUGAAGAGCCUCUACAUGAGCUCGCAAGCGCAAAGUAUAACAAGAAUAUGAUGGGUUUCCUGAGCCGUCAGCUGGAAAAGGUACAUGCUUUAAAGGCACCCAGAGGGGCAAGCAAAGAUUAUCUGAAGGAAUUUGAGAAUGCACGGGAGAAAGGGCAUAGGCUCAUUCGCAAACACGAAGAACGUGUUGACAUCAGCACUUUCUAUCAGAGUGUUGAGGCAAGAGACAUUGUGGAACACGUGUGUGACUCUCUAUAUGUGGUUGCCAGAGAAUGGGGACUGAAGGACACACAAAACGUUAAAGUGAAAGUGCCUGGAAAAGCAUUUUCUGAAGAUAGAGACACACUGGCAAAACUGCUCAAUUUUGUUCUUAGAGGGGUACAUGAAGAUUUUGUGAGUUUUGCUGAGAUUCCCCAGGAAUGGCAGGACAGUAGGAAGGAGCAUGUUGCCCGCAUGAAGGGCUUGCCAGAAGUCGAUGAUGAGGAGAUUUGCCAAGCAGCGGUUGUGGGUGAAGGUGGGGUCAGUGUUGUGCAUUCCUGUACCUACAGGGGAAACCGAGUGGCCAUGAAGGAGUUUGUGAAGAAAGGAGGAGAAGUAGAUAUUGAGAACAUGGCAACGUUUUUCAAGGACGUUCUUGUCCAUAUGUCCCUGAGAGAUGGCCACGUUGCCAAAUUGCUUGCAAUUACCAAGUCAGGAAGUGUGCUGAUGGAGCUGGCAGACAUGGAUCUGAAAGCAUUCUGCAGAAAAUUCUGUCCCAAAUGGCCAUGGAACGUGAGGAUUUUGCUACAGGCAGCCAAAUGCCUGAGGUAUAUGCAUGGUGGAGAUCGACCAAUGGCCCACUGUGAUGUGAAGAGCCCCAAUUUCCUGGUGUUUGGAAGCGAUGUAGCCACAUGCAUUGUCAAAAUAACUGACUUUGGACUGACAUGUGAAGUCACAGAGGCAAGGUGGAAGACUGCUAGAAGGCCGCGAGGGACUUGUCUGUGGGUGGCGCCUGAAGUUUUCGAAGGAGAGCUCCUUUCGCUCCCUUCCGAUGUGUACAGCUUUGGAUUGAUCAUGUACGAAAUCGUCACGGGGAAGGAGCUGUACGGACUGCAAUCGGUGUCUCAACCAGACAAUGACCAGCACAUUAUGAAGAAGAAGCUUGACGGACAGGAACCCUGUGUUGUUGAUCCAGCUGACUGCCCUGAGGAAAUGCAUUCGUUGAUGAAGGAGUGCUGCCAUUUGGAUCCUGAAAAGAGGCCUACGAUGGCAGAGGUUUGCAGCCGCCUUUCUGUGCUGCAAAUGCUGCGAACUGACAAGGUUCAUGCUCAGAAAUCACUUCACAGGACCCUUUGGGGUUCAAUUAUUCCCAUGCUCUUCUCGUUCAAGUCUUGCAUUGUGUGGUGCCUGGCUGCUAUCCUCUUCCAAACCACUCGUGGGGCAUGCGCUGGUGCAUCGGCACGACGGUGCUGA